GGACGCUGGACCCGCCGUUCUCUCUCCGGGUCCGCGCAGUGCUCCAUGGAGGGGCGGCCACGUCGGUGCUCACUGCAGACCCAGUAGCGCAGCAGAAGAGGCCACUGACCGCUGCCGCCGAGAUGAAGUAUAAGAAUCUUAUGGCAAGAGCCUUAUAUGACAAUGUCCCAGAGUGUGCUGAGGAAUUGGCCUUUCGCAAGGGAGACAUCCUAACUGUCAUAGAACAGAACACCGGAGGUCUGGAGGGAUGGUGGCUCUGCUCCUUACACGGUCGUCAAGGCAUUGUCCCUGGCAACAGGGUGAAGCUUCUUAUUGGCCCUGUGCAGGAACCCUCCAUUCAAGACCAGCCUUCUUCUGGACUGUUGCAACAGAGUUUUGGCCAACAGAAGCUCUAUCAAGUUCCAAACCCACAGGGUGCUCAAGACACUGUCUACCAAGUGCCACCUUCUUACCAGAACCAGGGGAUUUAUCAAGUACCUGUUGGCCAUAGUGCCCAAGAACAAGAUAUCUAUCAAGUGCCACCAUCCGUGCAGAGGGGCCCUGGGGGCGCUAACAGUUCCUACUCAAGCAAAAAGGUGAUAACCCCAGUGAGAACAAACCUUGGCUAUGUAUAUGAGUACCCAACCAGAUACCAAAAGGACACCUAUGAUAUCCCUCCUUCCCAUGCCACUCAAGGGGUAUAUGACAUCCCUCCAUCAUCAGUGAAAAGCUCUGCAUUCUCAGUUCCAGUGGGAGAGAAGAAACCUCAAGGGGUAUAUGACAUCCUUCCUACCAAAGGGGUAUAUGGUAUUCCAUCUGCUUCUAGCCAAGAGGAAGCAGGACUCAGGGAAAAGGAGUAUGAUUUUCCCCCUCCAAUAAGACAAGCUGGAGGGUUAAAAGUCAGACCUGAGGGUGUUUAUGACAUCCCCCCAACUAGCACCAAGACAGGGGAAAAGGACGUUCAUAUAAAAUACCACUGUGAUGCUAUAGGAGUUUCUGAAGAGGCCGCGCAAAAACACCCAAGUGCAUCCCCAAGCCAUAUACCCCGACAGCUGGGACAGUCAGCAGGCACUCAGAACGAUGCUUAUGAUGUCCCCCGAGGGGUUCAAUUUCUUGAGCCACCAGCAGAAACCAGUGAGAAAGCAAACUCUGAAGAAAGAUAUGGAGUUUAUGAUGUUCCUCUACACAAUUCGUCUGAAACCCAAGGCUCCCAGGAUGUGGUAGAUGGGAUCAAUAGGUUGUCUUUCUCCAGUACAGGCAGUACCCGGAGUAAUAUGUCCACGUCUUCCACAACCUCAAAGGAAUCUGCAUUGUCAGCCUCCCCUUCUCAGGACAAAAGACUCUUACUGGAUCCAGACACAGCCAUUGAGAAUCUUCACCGGCUCCAACAGACCCUAGAAAUGGGUGUCUCCAGCCUAAUGGCAUUGGUCACCACAGACUGGCGAUGCUACGGAUACAUGGAACGAAACAUCAAUGAGAUACGCACCUCAAUUGACAAGGUGGAAUUGUCCCUGAGAGACUAUCUUCAUUUUGCCAAGGGAGCUGUCGCAAAUGCUGCCUGCCUCCCUGAACUCACCCUCCACAAUAAAAUGAAACGGGAGCUCCACAGAGUAGAAGACUCCUACCAGAUUCUGAGUCAAAUUAGCCAUGAUCUAAAUGUGUGUAACUGGUCCCUGAAUAUCCUAGCCAUCAGCAAGCCCCAAAACAAACGUGAUGAUCUGGACCGAUUUGUGAUGGUGGCAAAGACAGUGCCAGAUGAUGCCAAGCAGCUCACCACAACCAUCAAUAACAAUGCAGAAUCUCUCUUCAGAUCAGGUCCUGGUAGCUCACAUGGGAUGAAUGGACCUGAGAGCAUCAUGAACUCUGUCGAAUACCACCCUGGUCACCAGAUGCUGCAUCCUGGGGAACACAAGAACCAGGCCCUCAAUAAGCCAUUGACCUCACACUUAAGAAAGGACCAAGCCCCUGAAUGUAGUAGCAGUGACGGUUCUGAAAGGAGCUGGAUGGAUGAUUAUGACUAUGUCCACCUACAGGGAAAGGAGGAGUUUGAGAAACAACAGAAAGAGCUAUUGGAAAAAGAAAAUAUCAUCAAACAGAACAAGAUGCAAUUGGAACAUCAUCAGUUAAGUCAGUUCCAGUUGUUAGAACAAGAAAUUACAAAACCUGUGGAGAAUGACAUCUCCAAGUGGAAGCCCUCUCAGAGUCUCACAACCACAACCAGCAACGUGAGUGCUCAAGACAGGCAGUUGCUUUGCUUCUACUAUGACCAGUGUGAGACCCAUUACAUUUCUCUUCUCAACGCCAUUGAUGCUCUCUUCAGUUGUGUUAGCUCAGCCCAGCCCCCACGGAUCUUCGUGGCCCACAGCAAAUUUGUCAUCCUAAGUGCGCACAAACUGGUGUUCAUUGGAGAUACUCUGACACGGCAAGUUGCUUCACAGGACAUUCGCAACAAAGUCAUGAACUCCAGCAACCAACUGUGUGAACAGCUCAAAACCAUAGUCACCGCCACCAAGACUGCUGCCCUCCAUUAUCCCAGUACCACCGCUUUGCAAGAAAUGGUACACCAGGUCACAGACCUUUCCAGGAGCACUCAGCUAUUCAAACGCUCUUUGCUGGAGAUGGCAACAUUCUAAGGAGAAAAGGGAGGGUCUACGCUGGUUACUAUGGAAAACUGGAAAUACUGUCUGGUUUUUGUAAAUGUUAUCUAUUUUUGUAGAUAUUUUAUUAUUAAAAUUUUAUAAGCCAAAUACAGUGGUUUGAUGUAGGUUAUAUUUUUGAUUCUUCUGUAUAAAUAAGCAUUUUAAGAUGUUAAGCGUACAAAAAAAAUUCCAUUUGUAUGUCUACGUAUUCAUGUUUGUUUGUAGAUGUUUGAUAAACAUUCCAUUAAAGAAAUAA